AUGUUAAAGAUCAAGCUCUCUCGACCUAAAACCACCACCAGUCUUGGUCGACUUCAAGGUGAAGCGAGACGGUAUCUCGGGUCUAACCCAAUCUUGCUGGAAGCUGGUAAAGUCGUCUUGGCUGCGGUGAUGGUAGAAGUGACGAGGAGGGUGACGAGUUCUAUCAAUAAUGCUAUCAAUCAAGGUCUCUUACUCCGAGCUACCAUCCCAUCUUCCGAUCCAGCAUACGACUGGCUGAUCCACUUCAUCCGUCAUCACACUUCCACCUUAUCCAAAUCGACCAAGGGCAGUAUCCCAUUCUGGGCGGACUACCUCGAAGCGAUGUAUCCCACUGGUCGAUACCCUCCGAAGGAAAUGAUCAUCCGAUCUAAAUUACCUACAAACGCACCUUUGAAGACGGAAGAAUAUGGUGAUCCGAAUGAUCCCUCCAGGACUAAUGAGGAGGUAGAAUUGUUCACGUUGCCUACGAAAACUAUCAACAUGGACAUUCCAUUCGAAGGUCAUACAUUCCAUUUCGUACUGGAAACCAACAGUGGGCAAAAAGAGAGAAACCUCAAGAUCUCGGUAUCAUCCUUCUCUCGCUCUCGAGAGAUUUUCCAUUCUCUUAUUUACCACUCCCGAACCCUCUAUCUCGCCAAGUCUCAUAACAGACUAUCGAUCUAUAUUCCCCGCCUGACCACACAUUGGUGGGUAGGUUCAUGGAAUUUGACUUCCUUCAAGCCGAUCAGACCAUGGGAAUCAGUCUUUCUCCCUCAAUCGGUAAAAGAUGGUGUAUUGAGGGAUACAAGGGAGUUUUUGGAGAAUAAGCAGUUUUAUCAGGAUAGGGGAUUGCCUUGGAGAAGAGGCUGGUUGUUAUAUGGCUUACCGGGUACCGGGAAGACUUCACUGAUCACAGCACUUGCAUCUCACUUCAAACUUGGUGUAUACAUCGUCAACGUCGGUGCUAAAGGACUCGAUGACGAGGUACUCAUGAAGUUGGUGAUGGACUGCCCAAAGAAAUGCAUCCUUCUCUUCGAAGAUAUCGACUGUGCUUUUCGAAGUGGGAAGAAGGGUGCUACGACCGUAGGACUCCCGCCUCCACCUGUAUCACCAAGGAAGAAGGCCAAGCGUACAAGUCCAUCGAAGACAUCUGUUCCGACUGCGGUCCCUGAUGACUCAGUAGUCGCAGAAGGUACUUCCGUCGAUGUCUCUGACCCUACCGCCGAACAGAAGAUCAGUGAUCAACAACCGAACUCUGCACCAGCCAUGGAGGCUACUGGUGAUACUGGGAGCGCUCCAAAUCCUUCACUGGCCACUGUUACUUCACCUGGAAAGCCUCUUGAUACCACAUUUAUAAGACCCGCUGCUCAAGAUCCCGAGGACCGAGUUGAUAAAGGUCCCAAAGACGUUUCAUCUCCUACUCAAACUCAAGACCCUGUGAAUGGCGAUACCACCUCACCUGAUAAACCUAAAUCAUCCGAUAAACCCAAUUCCCAUGCCGAUGAACCGCACGAUGCAUCCUCGACGAAGCAAGAAACUGCUCCCACAGAAGUCAAGACAACUACCGGCACCUCCCCCACCGAAGCCGAAGCCAAAGACAAGAUAGAAGAAUCUAUCACGGCCACUUCAGCCACCUCUACCGAUAGGACCAGAGAAGACGAUACCCAAAUAGAACUUUCCACCUCUGGUGAAGGAGAAUGGACGACCUUCUCAUCUCAGUAUCAAAGAGAAGAAGAAGAGAGGAACCGAUCGUCUGUCACGUUAUCAGGAUUGCUGAACGCCAUAGACGGACUUGCUGCAAGUGAAGGUAGGAUACUCUUCUGUACAACUAAUCAUGUCAGGAGGAUUGAUCCUGCUUUAUCAAGAUCUGGUCGAUGCGACGUCUGGGUCAAAUUUACUCAUGCAACGAGAGAUCAAGCAUACGACCUAUUCAUGUAUUUCUAUCGACCAAGACCAUCGGAUGAAACUGGAAACACGAUCAGCCAUCCUCUGAUCCCGCCAAAUCCAUCAAAUUUUGGUGACGGUUACAGUUCAUCACUUCCAAAGGAGACAGACUCUGAGGCGAAAACGGAUGACGAAGAAUUCAUCCACGCAUGCUCAUCCUCAUCAUCAUCCCCGUCGCCUGUCACCAGUUCGCCAAAUUCUUCAGCACCUUCAACAGCUAUAAGUCGAGCCACUAGUAGCAUCACUCUCGACACGGAAAUCACCAUACCUGAACCCGGUUCUGAGACCGAAACGGAAACACUCAAAGGAGAGAAUGAAAAAGACGAUCUUGAAAUCUUGGCUGAUCAUUUUGCAGAUUCACUACCUGAGAAUCGUCUGACCAUAUCGGCUUUACAAGGUUAUUUGAUGGGGUAUAAACUGAAUCCAGCUAGGGCUUCGGAGAAGUUUGUGGAGUGGGUUCAUGUAGGUUGUCCACAGGGUUUGGAGAUGAUAAGAUAG